AUGGCACAACCGAUUGAAGCUGUGAAAGACAUCAACGACUCAAAGGAUUUGUGGAAGAUUGUUGUUCGUUGUAAAUAUAUGUGGACCGUGACAAGUUCCUCCAACAAACAACACAUGGAUAUGAUUCAAGCCAUUGUUCCACCGUAUUUGGUGUCAAAAUACUACUUGGCUGAACUUGCUAUUGGAGAGUCAUACAUCAUGCAAAAUUUCAAGGAGGUUAUUCAUGCUCUUAAGAGAAGGACGAAGGGGAGGAAAGCACACUUGGCUCUUAAGAUAGAUAUUAGCAAGGCGUACGAUCGUGUAGACUGGGGUUUUCUUAAAGAGGUGCUUGGUAAAUUGGGUUUUGCGGAGAAAUGGAUUCACUGGCUUAUGAUAUGUGUUACAUCGACAAAUUAUUCUGUACUAGUUAACUCUGAGAGGGUCGGUCCUAUUGUUCCAGGGAGAGGGUUGCGUCAAGGCGAUCCACUAUCACCGGCUAACCUCACGGAAGUCCAAAACCUUAUGGAGUUACUUAAUGUUUAUGCUAAAGCUUCAGGCCAGGAAAUCAAUCUGACCAAAUCUGAGGUCUUUUUCAGCAAUAAUCUAAGCAAUCCAGCAAAGGAAGAUUUAGCAAGUAUUAUGGGAGUUCGCCACGUAUUAGGUACCGGAAGGUAUUUGGGCUUACCAUCGAUGAUUGGAAGAGGCAAGAAAGUGAUUUUCUCUUAUGUCAAAGAUCGUAUCUGGAAGAAAAUCAAUUCUUGGAGUGGGAGGUCAUUAUCUAGAGCAGGGAAGGAUGUUAUGAUCAAAUCAGUCUUACAAGCUAUCCCGGCUUAUGUUAUGAGCUUAUUUAUUCUCCCAGAGACUCUUAUCUCGGAUAUAGAAAAGAUGUUGAAUUCGUUCUGGUGGGGAGGUGGUACAAAUCACAAAGGCAUUAGGUGGAUGGCGUGGGACAAGUUGGCUUGUCCGAAGGAGGAAGGUGGCUUGGGAUUUCGUGAUUUCCGUUCUUUUAAUAAGGCUAUGGUUGCUAAACAAGGUUGGUUCAUGUUGGCGAACCCACUCGCUUUCGUUUCUCGUAUCUUCAAAGCUAGGUACUUUCCGAGAACUUCUUUCUUCGAGGCUAAGCUUGGUUAUAAUCCUAGUUUUGUUUGGAAAAGUAUUUGGUCGGCUAGAGAGAUUCUCACCAUGGGUUGCAGGUGGAGUAUUGGUACCGGUUCUCAAAUUAAUGUUAUGUGUGACCCUUGGCUCCGAGGAAGGCGUGAAGGUUGUUUGCAGGGUCCGCAAGUGCAUGGUGCGUAUAAUAUUACUGUAAAUAAUCUCAUGCUCCCAAACUCCAAACAGUGGGAUAUGAGAAAAUUAACGGAGAUGUUUGACUGUGCAGCAGUGGAGGACAUUAUCCACGUUCCUUUGUUGGAGGAGGUUAUGGAAGAUAGAUUAAUUUGGAGUGAGGACCAAAGUGGUAACUAUUCUGUUCGUUCCGGUUAUAGAUUAUGGAGGAAGGCUAAAUUGAAUCAGAAUGUCGAGGAGGGGGAGGAUAGUUGGUCUAUUUUGGGAACGACUAAUAGAGGCUGGUGUGUUCGGGGAGCGGGUGGUAGUUUUAUCCAUGCAGGUGUGGCUUGGGAUUCUAGAAAACUCUCUAUUCUCGAAGCUGGGGCAAUGGCUCUUAAAGAGGCUAUCAAAGAUUCUAUUGCUCUUCAUCUCGACCGUAUCAUUUUUGAAAGCGAUUCUCUUACCGUGGUUACGGCUGUGCAUUCCAAUGCUUCCGGUAGGUCCGAUUUUUAUCAUGUUAUCCAUUCUAUUAGAUUGCUUCUAUCUUCUUUUCACAACUUUGAGGUUAAGUUUGUUAAACGCCAAGCGAAUAUGGUUGCCGACUCUCUUGUAAAGGCGGCCAAUUCUUGGACUAGGCGUAGUUCUUUGCAUAAUGUUCCUCCUUGUAUUGCGUUGCUUAUCAAUAAUGAAAUGAGAUAG